AUGGCCGAAUCUAAGCUGCACCGCUGCGUCGUGUGCUCCGUGGACAUGACGUCGUGGCGCGUAGUCGACCGCGAGACGCACGUGAACGCGUGUCUCGAUGACGCGGUCGUUGACGAGCGAUACGACUGUCCCACUUGCAGCAAAGAGCUCUCCCACUGCGAUGAACGGCAGCGCUUGGAGCAUGUGAACCGCUGUCUGGACGCGAUCGAGAUGAAAGGCAGCGACACGAGCGCGAACGAACCGUAUGGAGCUAUAGAAGAGGCGAAGAAAGAAGAAGAAGAAGAAGAAGAAGAAGAAGAAGAAGGGACGGAGGAGCAGGAGGAGGAGGAGGUGCUGCUGCUGACGCAGGUGGCGGAACAAACGCAGGAGGAAGCCGAGACGAGCGACUGCGAGUACAUUGGAGCCAGUUACGUGUGCAAAAUCUGCGGUAUCGACAUGUCAAGCGUCGAGCUGAUGCAGCGCAUUCGUCAUGUGAAGUCGUGUGGCCAGAAGUUUGGUGUGAGAGCUGCUGAUAUGGCAGACGUUGAGCAAGCGGAGACGAUCGUGGCGAGACUGGACGAGAAGGCCACGUCGAAUGCGUUUGUUGUCAUGAUGCAGUCUGCGUCUGGAGACUCAGUGACACAGACUGCUGCCAUAGAGCGAUCAAAUGUGUUUGACGUCUUGAUGCGGAGUUCCAAAACCGCUGCUGUGCUCAAUACUCGGAAACGCCCCGUGCCUUUCAAGUUCACACGCAAAGCGAUGCAACGACGACGCCUGCUGUAUCCUGAUUACAAGUGUGUCAAGGGAACGAACCCGCCGUUCAUAGUCGACGGGUUUUACUACGCUUGCAAUCAAAACUCGAGCAUUUACUUUCUCACGCACUUUCACUCGGAUCACUACGGCGGAAUCACUAAGGACUUUGACUGUGGCAUUAUCUAUUGCAACGAAAUCACCGCCAAGCUUGUCGUCCAGGAGCUGGGAGUCCAGCAAAAGUAUGUUCACCCCGUGGGAAUGAACGCACCUGUGCUCGUCGGUGACGUGCAAGUGACGUUCUUGGACGCUAACCAUUGUCCUGGUUCAGCCAUCAUCCUGUUUCGUCUCAAAGACGGGAAAACGUACCUGCACACUGGAGAUUUUCGGUUCCACCGGAAGAUGCUAAACUAUGCAGCUCUACAGCCAUUCAUUCCGACGGGCGAUGAAACCAUUGAUGACAAUGGUAAGAUCGUUGGUAUCCGCCGAUUGGACGGCGUGUAUUUGGAUACGACCUAUUGUGAUCCUAAGUACACGUUUCCAGCUCAGCAAGCUGCUGUGAAUCAUGCACUCGAGCUCAUGGACAAGCACUGGAAGCAGGAAAAAGUGCUGUAUCUGUUUGGAUCGUACACAAUUGGCAAAGAGCGCUUGUUCAUGGAGAUCGCACGCAAGUAUCAGCAGAAAGUGUGCGUCUCGAAAGCAAAGAUGAGGAUCAUCGAAACCUUUGGUUGGCCUCGCGAAGAGAUGCAGCUGUUGACGACAGAAUCGGCUGCGACCAAUCUGCAUGUCGUUCGUAUGCAAGAUCUUCAAAUGGACAAUCUGACGGUGCUACUGGCAAAGCAUCGUCUGCUUUAUCGAUCGAUCGUUGCGUUCCGCCCGACUGGAUGGACGUUUAGUAGCAAGAACCCGCGGUCGAUGUCCACGUGUUGUUCCGAUCCUACAGGCAAGAUUCGCAUCUACGGGCUUCCGUACAGCGAGCACUCGAGCUUUGCUGAGCUGUGCGACUUCGUCAAAGUUGUGAACCCUUGCGCGAUCAUUCCGACGGUGAACUGCAGUACUAAGCGAAGUGCGACCAAGCAGGUGAAUGCCUUGCGUCAGGUCGCUUUCCACACUAUAUCAGCGCUUUUCAAGCAGCAGCACCAGCAGCUGAAGCAGCAGCUAAAGGGAUGA